AUGGGCCUCUAUCCUGAGCUCAAGAUGAUGUUCAACCUGGAAGGAAAAAAAUUACUGGUACUUAGAAUCUACGACGACGAUGAUGAUGAUGAUGAUGAUGAUGAUGAGGACAAUGAUGAUGACGAUGAUUAUGAUGAUGAUGAUUAUGAUGAUGACGAUGAUGAUGAUGAUGAUGAGGACAAUGAUGAUGACGAUGAUGAUGAUUAUGAUGAUAACGAUGACGAUGAUGAUGAUGAUGAUGAUGAUGAUGAGGACAAUGAUGAUGACGAUGAUGAUGAUUAUGAUGAUGACGAUGACGAUGAUGAUGAUGAUGAUGAUGAUGAUUAUGAUGAUGACGAUGACGAUGAUGAUGAUGAUGAUGAUGAUGAUGAUGAUGAUGAUGAUGAGGAGGAGGACAAUGAUGAUGACGAUGAUGAUGAUGAUGUGGACAAUGAUGGUGACGAUGAUGAUAAUGAUGAGGACAAUGAUGAUGACGAUGAUGAUGUGGACAACAAUGGUGACGAUGAUGAUGAUUAUGAUAAUGACAAUGAUGACAACGAUGACACUGAUGAUGACACUGAUGAUGACGAUGAUGAUGAUGAUGACGACGACAACAAUGACAAUGAUGAUGAUAAUGAUGAUCUGGAGUAA